UUACAGUGAACAUGUGAACGCGCUGCUCUUGUAAAAAAUGCCACAUUGGCUGUAACUAUUCAAAAUAAACAUAAAUAAUAAUAAACAUAAAAUAGUUCGGUGAAUGAUAGUUUUAAAGUUUAAGCCAGUGACGCUUCUAACCUGUUCGUAGUAGCCCGUUUACUCGUCGAGAUAAAGCAUGGACUGUCCAGACGAGGAGUUCGAGGUGAACAUGAAGCCGUCGAAGCGACUUCGCAUCGUACAAAAUGGAGCAGAAAAAAGCCUUACUGCACCUAAAAGACAGGAGCAGCGGCAGUGUGCAGUGGACGUGAGUAUCAUCAUGCCCGUGUACAACGCCUCCUGUUGGCUAGAUGAGUGUCUGCAAGCAAUAUUUGCCCAAGACUUCACUGGAAUUAUGGAACUAUCCGUUUUUGAUGACGCCAGCACUGAUGAUUCCAGAAAAGUAGUGGACGCUUGGAGGGAGAAGUUCGAGGGAAGGGGGAUCUCGGUGGUGAUCAGUGGCCACAACUCGGACCAACCAAGAGGAGUGGGAUAUGCAAAGAAUAAGGCAGUAGCACAGAGCUGUGGAAAAUACUUGUGCUUUCAGGAUGCGGAUGACAUCAUGUUACCCCAAAGAGUUCGGCUGCAGUUUGAGGCGUCUGUACUCCACUCAAGCUCUUUGAUAGGCUGUAGAGUUCGGAGGCUUCCAGAGGGAUCCACGGAACGCUACACCCGCUGGAUCAACACAAUCACUCAAGAUCAACUCCUUACACAAGUCUAUACAUCACAUGGACCAACAGUCAUCAUGCCGACAUGGUUCUGCUCAAGAGACUGGUUCUCAACUGUUGGAUGGUUCAGCGAGGAGAGCAAGGGAGUCCCCGAGGACUUGAUCUUCUUUUACCAGAGUCUUCGUCAAGGAGGUCUUGUGACCAGAGUUGACCACUGCUUGGUGGUGUACCGUUAUCACGAGAAGGCCACCACACACUCCGUGAAAGAGGAAACCAUUUGGAACCUGCGAGUUGGAUUCCUUCAGGAGAGAGUCAUUUGCCAAUGGGAGAGCUUCACCAUAUGGAAUGCUGGGAAACAGGGCCGCAAGCUGUACCGAUGCCUUAACGCCACUAAUCAGAAGAAAGUCAAAGCUUUCUGUGAUGUGGACAAGAACAAGAUUAAUAAGGGCUUUUACACAUAUGAGGACUCCAAGGAACGACCAAAGCCAAAAAUCCCUGUCCUGCACUACAAAGAUGUGUCGCCUCCUUUUAUCAUCUGUGUCAAACUGGACAUGACAGGUGGCGUUCUAGAGGAAAACCUCAACUCGUUACAGAUGAAAGAAGGAAUAGACUUCUUCCAUUUCAACUGACUGCUCGGAGGAACGUCAUAGACAGAAGCUAGUAUGUUACUGUUUGACAAAAUUCAUCGCAGGAUCAUAUUUUAAACACACGUACAUCCUUCCAUCCAUUUUUUUGUGGCCAAAUCGUAUUCAGAGGUCAGAGAAGCUGAAGUCUAUCUGAGCUGAAUUAGCCUAAGAAGUGGUAUACACAAGGCUGCACAAACAGACAGCCAUUCACACUCACAUUCAAACCUGUGGCCAAUUUAGAGUCUUCAAUGACCCUAAAAUACUUGUUGCUUUUUACUAGAAUGUUAUUAUUGAUAAUUUGUAAGACUGGCCGAUUAAUUGAUUGAUUCAUUUGAGUUUAUUUGUCAGGACAAUUUUCUUGUAAUCAAUAUUUUCUUAGCACAAGUGUAGUUCAAAGAAAGUUCGCUGCUUGCACAAACAACAUGGAUGCGGGGAACAGUGAGGAGCUAGUAUACAAAGCACAGUCAGUGCCAACUUAGCGAUUUGGUCACAAUAUUUAGUGACUUCGGACCACUCUCGUGACCAUAAAAAAAAAAAAAAAAACUAGCGAGUUUAUUCACUCUAAGAAACAGACAAAAUGAGGGGAACCAUUUUCACAUUGUUUUCCAAAGGUCAAGAAAGAAGCCUGGUGGAAAGGAACCGUGGAGUCAAUUGCUCUGAACAUCGCCCAUUUAUAUGUUGCAAAAGCAGUGACUUGGAAAAUUGCAAAUAUUUUGCUUUACCUGAGAAAAGGAGUGUGAAAGAGUUGGUGUGAUGUUACUCUUACAUACCAUAUGCACCAGCCGAGCCAUGCGGUAUGAUGACUCAUUCAUUGUAUGUUUAAGUGUUGAACAUUAGAAAUGUUAGUUUAUUAAGGAUUCUGUUUAUGUGCAGCACAUGUUAACAAAAAGGAUAUUUUCCAAGAAAAAAAAUUAUGUAUUUCGAUUGUUUCUGCAUGGCACGGUGAUCGACUGAUUUGCACGUCUGGCUCGCAGUUCUGAGGACACGGGUUCAAAUCCGGCCUUCCUGUGUGGAGUAUGCAUGCAUAUGCGUGGGUUUUCUCUGGAUACUCCGGUUUCCUCACACAUCCCAAAACCAUGCAGGUUAGGUUAAUGGCCAGCACGCCAGCGACCCUAGCGAGGAUAAGCGGUACGGACAAUGGAUUGAUGGAUGGAUCUGUUGUUUCUGUGGCGGUCAAUGCAAGUUAGUGCUUGAGGAGGGGAUAAAGGCCAUAUAUUGCCCCGCCCCUUAGGAACAUCUAUCUAUCUGUCAGCCUAGGUAAUGAUAUGCUUAUGUUAGCACUAAGACUGAAAAUGUCUUUGUACGAACCGACUGGAAACAGUGCAAUGCAAUUUCAUGAUCCAUCCAUCCAUCCAUUUUGCUCCGCUUAACCGAGGUCGGGUCGCGGGGGCAUUAGUCUCAGCAGGGAAGCCCAGACUUUUCUUUCCCCAGUUGGAGAUCACCGCUUGAUAAAGCCAACAGAACCACAUCAUCUGCAAAAAGCAGAGAUGCAAUACUGAGGCCACCUCCUCUAUGCCUCGGCUGCGUCUAGAAAUUCUGACCAUAAAAGUUAUGAACAGAAUCGGUGACAAAGGGCAGCCUUGGCGGAGUCCAACCCUCACCGGAAACGAGUCCGACUUACUGCCGGCAAUGCAGACCAAACUCUGACACCGGUCGUACAGGGACCGAACAGCCCGUAUCAGGGGGUUCGGUACCACAUACUCCCGAACCUUUACAUGGUUUAUGUGAAUAAUGAUAUCUUUCUGGAGUAUCCGUUUCUUGCAAAUUUGCAGUGAUGAGACCAGUUUUGUGCAAAUGUGCAUGCAAAUUGGUUUACUUUUGGACAGAAGCCUGUCACCUUUUUGCAGUCUUUGCAUUAAACGACUCACUCCUGCUGCCUGACUAUCUAUGGUGGUUUUCUUAAUGGCAAACAGACAGAAAUUACUCUUUUUCAAGGGUGACCCUCCAAAGUCAUUCCUUCAUAUUUAGCUUAUUGGAGUACAACCAUUUUCUUAAAAGAUGACAUGAUGAUUACAGCUGUUGUUAAUAUUGAAGGAAUCAAAGGUCUGACCUGUACACUUGAACUUAUUAAUUUUGAAAGAUGUGAGGCAAUGAGUGUACUAUCAGAACAUUGAACUUACAAUGGGUGUGGCCUCCAUUUCUGAUGCAACCAAAAGGACACAUCUGCUCUAAACAUGGACACAGCCUGUGCUUGUUUAGCAUUCUGCAAGACUCCUAUAAAACAAUAUUCUCUCCAAGAGAGCACAGCUCUGAUGCGUAAACAUCACAAAAGUUUAUUUUACCUCACGGAGCGUGAAGAUUUUCUGCCUGGAGCCAAACAGACCUUUCACCACAAAUCUCCUUCAGUGUUCCUGUCUUUCUUUAAAUCUGCACUCUGCAACUUGGAGGGAGGCAGCAUCGCCAAACUACAGUACAGCAUUGUAUUCGAUGAAAGGGCACAACUGUUUGGACCCGAUAGUGCUAUUAGUUUACUGCAAGAUAGUCACGUUUGCUGAACACCCACAGCAACUAAGCAUUUACAGUUAGGUAAAUAAAACAAUAUGUGAUUAUGGGUGCGUGAAGGCCCGGUUUAGCAUCACCGGGGAGGUAACUCACAAUAUGGUGAUGUUCAGGCAGUCAUCAACUGCAAUGGAUUGUCAUCCAAGUGUUAAAAAUGGUGCUUAUCUACAAUGGUGUCACUUUGUCCGAAUACUGUACAUUUGAGCGCAUGAAAAUGAAUUAUAAUGUGCACAAAAGGGCAAAUGCAUCAAGAUUGUCCAAAUACUUCUGGACCUAACUGUAUGUGUUUUCUACACAUACUGUACCAUCAUGCCUUUGUAAUAUGCCUGCAACUAAAGAUUAGCAUCACCAUAGUUUAUCUUACCCUUAUUUUUUCAGGUAAUUGAUUCAUUGUUUGGUCUCAUCAAAAUAGUAAAACGAUGACUUUAGAAUAAAGAAAAUCAAAAGAUGUUUACAACCAAUAGUUUGGAACAAAUGUUGCGUCCUUUGAUUCGCAGUCACUCACCCCGUUCACAUAUUUGAUCGAGUAUGAUGCAUUUUGGCGGCACGGUGACCGACAGGUUAGAGCGUCAGCCUCACAGUUCUGAGGACCCGGGUUCAAUCCCCGGCCCCGCCUGUGUGGAGUUUGCAUGUUCUCCCCGUUCCUGCGUGGGUUUUCUCCGGGCACUCCGGUUUCCUCCCACAUCCCAAAAACAUGCAUUAAUUGGAGACUCUAAAUCGCCCGUAGGUGUGACUGUGACUGUGAGUGCGAAUGGUUGUUUGUUUGAAUGUGCCCUGCGAUUGGCUGGGAACCAGUUCAGGGUGUACCCCGCCUCCUGCCCGAUGACAGCUGGGAUAGGCUCCAGCACGCCCGCGACCCUAGUGAGGAGAAGCGGCUCAGAAAAUGGAUGGAUGGACAACGUCCUAACGUCAUUGGAAUUCGGGUUGUACUUCACCCACACCGAAAUUUUCGAGCACAGGUGUCAAACUCAAGGCCCCAGGGCCAAAUCUGACCCGCCAAGUCAUUUUAUGUGGCCUGCGAAAGCAAAUCAUCUGCGUCAACUUCCAUGAUUAUUGCUCAAAUUCUCAUAAAAUAAUAAUAAAUAGUAGUGUUGAGACAUUGCAAGCAUGUUCUGUUUAUGGUAACUUGAACAAUAGUUGAACAAACUAUUAUCCUUGACUUCUGAUUUCAAAACUAGGUAUCCAUCAAUUUGUAGAAAUAAUUAAGUGACUAAACAUUUAUAUGGUUUCACAGUCAACGGCCCUCUGAGGGAAACCGUGACUACAAUGUAUUCCGCGACAAAAAUGAGUUUGACACACCUGCUUUAGAGCAUGAUUCGACAGAACGGCAGCAUGUUUACACACAACCUUAGGCCACAUAACGUUUUGUUGUCUGCUUGCGAGCCGUAUCGUGUUAAAUGUACGUGAACAUACCUCAAGCAAACCUUAAACGAACGUUCUCUCCUGAGAACGUUCUUAUAAUACAGUCGCCGCGAUCCACUCUUGUUGUCGUCCCCACGGUAGUGUAUCCAGUCACAUUUAAGUUGACAAAACAAAGCCCAAUGAUCGUAAAAAACGGGAUGUGGUGGAAUCGGAAUACAAGAUUUUAUUGGAGUAGUCUGACAUAGUGCAAUCGUGAAAGAGCAAACGUGUCUUGUAGUCAUUACGUGUUGUCUGUCCCACACCGCCGACAUAUUUUUUUAUUUUUUUUAAUACCUUAAUUGGCUGUCAGAUAUUUACAGUACUAUGUCAAAAGGCUAAAGGCUAGAAAUAAACUAGCUUUUGGAUUCAAAUAUACUGUGCACGAUAGCGACGCGGAGUAAAUGUCUUUUGUGGAGCCGAUCGGAUCGGCAAAUUAUGACAUUAAAGCCGAUCAGCAUAAAAUGCUAAAUAUCGGCCAAUACCGAUCAGGCCGAUCAGAUCGGUGUAAAGUCUAAUCGCUACAGAAUGUUUGUAGAGGCUCCAUGUUUUUGGCUGAGCUCACUUGUCUUAGCUAGCACCAGUAUCAGAGACCUGUCUAUCGUUCUAAACAUCCAGGUCCACUCUUUAGUUGCAGUCGAAUGGCAUGCCUAUUUGCUUGGCCACACUAUGUUCAAUGGUGGGAAUACUAUUAAAGUCAAACAUUCUGCCGCAAAUAAUGCAAAAUGUUUUAAGAGCACCUGAUAGCCGCACCCUUUCUCAACUGAUUGAAGUCAAUCAAAGAACGUAAUUUGGUGUCCACUUGGAGCACGUGUGUUUUUCCCAGCCUAAACGUUUAUUGGUCCCAUAAUUAACAACUAUUUGCACAAUAAACUCAUGGAAAGAAAAGCAAGGGUGUGGCAAGAAUAAGACACACUAACAAAUAACAAUGGAGGAGAAAGAGGGUCUGGUAUGUUUACUUCUCGACAUGGGGCUGUUUGCUAUGGUGAGAAGACGAAUUUUCAUAGAGGAGACUGAUGGGCAGCAAGAAAAAGAAAAAAAAAACGAGGCUGGGGUACAGUAAUACUGAAGCAAACGGCUAAGGCACAGAGACUGGAAGAUAAUGUUUCUGUGUUUAUUUGUUUUCAUUUUUGUGACAUGUAUCCUCAAAUGUUACAGCGUUGGGGCGAUGAGAGGCUUAUGUCACGCAUGCGGGAUCAGCCUGGCAGACCUGCAACCCUGGUUAACCAAGUACUAGAACUCGUACCUGCUCCUGCUAUGGUUUUGUCAGUGGAAUGUCACGUUUCCCUGUGAGACAUGUCGGUAUCUGUAGCUGCACUACAAACGUAUAACAUAAAAUUGACUUGGUCUCAUCUAUUCAGUACAUAAAUCUGCCAGUGACACUAUAUAUUUUAGAGUAACAAAGCAAUGCCACUUGUUUGAGUAAGACCUUGCUCUGUCUAAGUCCCCUCUACCCUCCGUCAUGAUAAAGCACUUGGUUGAUGAUCACAAUGAACCCUAAUGGAGAAUCUAUGAAAAAGAGCCAAGUCGAGAGAAAACAUAGCUUUACUCUGUGUUUACACUCCAUCUCUCUGCAGACAUUAGUCCUGAUAACACACACACACACAGACACAAUAAUUGACACUGACCCCAGAGGCCUCUGGCCAAAUAAACCUGCACCAAGCAGGGCAACAGAUAAGAGUUGGGUGUGUUUGGGUGAAGAGCGCUUGUAGAGGUCAGACACUGAAGGCCUUUUAACACAUUCCUUUGUUUCCCAGUCUGUUCUUUUCCUCACGCUAUGCUAACCUGCAAGGCCAAAGCACACAAGCACAUGGUCUGAUGACAUCUGCCUUUCUGAUGUUUCAACAUGAAUCUUCGUAUUGGGCCGACAAUAACUACAAAAAGAAAAGAAUCGUGAUCUAUUGUUGAAAUUCUUCUGUGACACGUUAGAAACUCCCUACAGAGGACACAAGGUUUUGUGUUGCACAUUAGUGGUUCGGUCAUUAAUAAUUAGCUUAGUAGUGAUUGUGUUGAUUAUCCAAGCGACAAAGUCAGAAGGUGAAGACGAAAAAUCAAUGAAAGUAAAUGUCGAACACUGAGAAAAGUUGUCUGUGACAAAUUAGUGAACAGAACACAAAAGUAUUGCCACGUAGUGGAAAAAUAUGUGUAACACUUUUACUAAUAUGUAAAAGGAAUAUCCCUGAACUGUUUUGAAUGCAAGUCUGCUAUUUUUGUUGAGUUUCUUACUAUUUUGGUAUCCAUUUAUGUCCAUCUUCCGCAUAAGUGUAUUAAGUUACUACAACUACAAUAAAGGUGCCCUUGAGCCGGGUACUCAAGCUACAUGUGGACCACUAAAACUCAGAUGCCCCCUCUGGGAA